AUGGCUGGAACCGUCGUCAUAACAGGAGCCAAUGGCUCUCUAGCACUCGGCUUCGUUGAGGCUCUUCUGUCGCGGUAUCCUCAGCAUACACUCAUUGCUACCGUCCGAAAUGCCUCACCAGAGAAAGAUCCAAACACUGCAGAGCUUGUGAGAAUUAUCUCCAAGUACCCAAAUUCUAGGGCCAGCGUGGAAGUUCUCGACCUCGGUCAGCUUGCCAGUGUGCGCACCUUCGCGCAGAAACUAGCAGGCCUGGUUGUUUCGAAGAAAAUCCCGCGCAUCACAGCGAUAGUCUGCAAUGCUGCUACAUUGUCACUGGAAGCAGGGCAGAAGUUUACAUCUGACGGCUACGAGGCAACCUUCCAAGUCUGUCACUUAUCACACUAUCUAUUGGUCUUGAUGCUGCUUGACUGCAUGGACCCUACAUCUGGGCGUAUCGUGAUGCUAGGCUCAAUUACCCAUUAUCCCGAGAAAUCAAACCCGGUAUCCUCACUUGGUCCAUGUUUCCCGGAGAAUCUGGAAGAGCUGGUCAAGCCAACGCCUGAUCCACCGUCGCUCGUCCACGAUAGAGGUUUCCAAAGAUAUGGGACCGCAAAGCUCGCAAAUGUGACCUUUGCUCUUGAUCUCAAUGAAAGACUGAAGAGAGAUCCCAGGCUUUCGAAUGUGACCGUCACAGCCAUGGAUCCUGGUGGACUUCCGGCUUCAAGGGCGCAAACAGAGCAGAAAAAAUCCACAAAACGGAUCAUGGCAACCAUAAACUUUCUGAUGCCGGUUCUUAAGUAUGUUACCACGGCAUUUCGAACGACGGAAGAUGCUGGUCGGGAACUUGCCGCGGUUAGCGUUGAUCCCAGCUUUCAUGGUAAAAGGGGCUAUUUUGUCGGCCAAAAAGAGGGUGCUCCGGCGGCGGUUAGCAAAGAUGUCGCAAUGCAGGAAAGGCUCUGGGCGGCGUGCUGGAGAUGGUCGGGUAUGAAGUCGGAAGAAUCAGUCCUGCAAGAUUAUGCUCAUGGGCUAUGA